AUGUUAAGCAGGACCAUUGUAUCUCCGAAAUUGCUUCGCGCCAUCUUCGUGAUUGCGGCUGCUUGUUUGGGGGUUGUGACGUUACUAAAACUUCGAAGCACGAACCGCUUCAUCGAUUCUGAUUAUGACUUCGCUGUUGAAUCCGGGAAACAUGUCAACUGGUCGCGAUUUGCGUACACCCAAUAUGCCACCGACCGGUUUUAUUUGUGCAAUUCGAUCAUGUUAUUCGAGAGCCUCCACCGGCUUGGAAGUAAAGCGGAUCGCGUGCUGAUGUACCCAUCUGAUUGGUCCGCAUCUGAGACCGGUGGUUCAAGGGAAAGCUGUAUGCUUCGCUAUGCUCGGGACCAUUAUGAGGUCAAGCUCAAGCCAAUCGAGAUACAGAUGAAAUCUGGGAGUGAUGUGACGUGGUCAAAGAGCUACACGAAACUGCUUGCCUUUAACCAAACAGAGUAUGACCGGGUCCUUAACUUGGAUUCGGAUGCAACCAUUCUGCAGACCAUGGACGAGUUAUUCCUAGCCCCGUCCAGCCCCGUCGCCAUGCCCUUGGCCUACUGGAAAGAGCCGGAAAAGGGAAUUUUCACAUCUGCACUCAUUCUCAUUCAACCGUCUGCAGCUUCCUUCGAUCGCACAAUGGAUGCAGUUUCUAGGGCCAACUCUAGCACCUUUGACAUGGAGAUUAUGAACAACGUGUACAAAGAUAGUACGCUUAUUAUACCGCAUCGGCCGUAUAUUCUCCUGACUGGAGAGUUCCGCUCCAAUAAGCACGAGGCAUAUCUAGGUAAUUCAGGCGAAACGUGGGAUGCCGAAAAGGCUUUCAAAGCGGCUAAAUAUUUGCAUUUUUCCGACUGGCCUGUUCCUAAGCCAUGGAUUAAAGCUCUCCCUGGUGUGGUUGAAGAUUCGCAGCCUCAAUGCGAGUUGAAUCCGGCAACUGGGUAUAAGGAUGACUGCCGCGUCAAAAACCUUUGGUUGGGAGUUUACGAGGACUUUAAGAUCAGACGAGAGCAUAUAUGUGACACUGCUGUAAGAGAAGGUUGA